AUGAUAAGGGCUACAGAUUCGCCCUUCACUGCAGCGGUACUUGAUUGCCCUGUGCCGUCAAAGUUUCGCCUGCCUCAAUUAGAGCCCUUCGACGGACUCAAGGACCCUCAGGAUCAUCUUAAUACCUUUAAGACGACUCUGGGUCUCCAGCAGCCAUCUGACGAGAUAUUGUGUCGUUCCUUCCCUACGACUCUCAAACGAGCUGCAAGAGAGUGGUUUACUAAGUUGUCAAACUCGUCCAUAGACAACUUCGAUCAGCUGAGUAGUGCUUUCUUGAGCCACUUCAUAGGGGGACAACGCCCAAGGAGACCAGUAUAUUACUUACUCACCAUAAGACAGGGAGAGAAGGAGACUCUGAGGUCAUAUGUCAAGCGAUUCACCCGGGAAACCCUGGAAGUGGAUGAAGCUGAUGACAAGGUGCAGCUGACGACCUUCAAAGCAGGGUUGAGAUCCAGAGACCUUGUGGCCUCUCUUGCAAAAAACCCCCCGAAGACAAUGGCUGAGAUGCUCCUGAAGGCACAAAAGUACAUGAACGCGGAAGAUGCUCUAGCUGCCAUAAAAGAUACUGAGAGACUAGGGGAUAAGUCCAAAGGGGAAGACGACCGCAGAGGGCAAAAGAGAGACAGACCAGAACGUCGGAACAAUGACGGGAAUAGAAGGAGAGACGACAAAAAUCCUCGUCAGGACGAGCAUUAUCUCAAAUGGCUCAGGCCAUUACACUUGUCCCCCAACGUACGUGACAAGAACAAGUAUUGCCGGUUCCAUAGAGACCACGGCCACAACACAAAAGAUUGCAGAGACCUAAAAGAACAAAUAGAGGAAUUAAUACGGAAAGGAAAGUUACAGAAAUAUGUAAAGAAAGGAGAAUAUAGCAAGUUCAGAGACGACAACAGGACCCAACAUGAAUCCUUUACUCGGGAUGACGACCAUCCGUCCCAGCCUCCACGCAAAGUGAUCGGGGAGAUAAACACGAUCACGGGAGGACCAUCCUCAGGAGGAUCAUUCAGAUCACUCAAAAAAGCAUGCCACAGACAGGUGAACAGCGUCCACACCAUGCCUCCGUCCAAGCACCGACGAACAUACCAAGACAUGUCCUUUAAUGAAGGAGACGCCAGGGGAGUAAAGCAGCCUCACAACGAUCCCCUGGUCAUAGUGCUAAAUAUAGAAGGGUUCAAUACCAGAAGGAUCCUUAUUGAUAACAGGAGCUCAGUGGAUAUCAUCUACCUCCCAGCCUUCCAGCAGCUGAGAUUAGAUCCAAAAAGGCUCCGCCCUUUUGACUCUCCGCUCGUCAGCUUCAGUGGAGAUAGGGUCUACCCCAGGGGAAUAGUGACUCUGACGGUGACAGCAGGGACCUACCCAUUGCAGUUGACCAAACAAGUAGAUUUCCUGGUGGUAGAUUGCCCCUCGUCCUACAAUGUCAUCAUUGGGAGGCCCACCCUAAACAAGUGGAAGGCGGCGACAUCGACCUACUGUUUGAAGGUGAAAUUCCAAACAGACAACGGCGUGGGUGAAGUGAAGGGUGACCAAGUCCUGGCAAGGGAAUGCUAUCAGGCCGUAUUGGCAAGAAAGGAGAACCACACGUGGACGAUUGAAGAAAAAUAG